AUGUUCACCAUCAGAUCCCAAAGCCUCCUGGUGGGGCUUGUUAUCCUCGUUGCUUUGGCUUCUCCAGCCUUGGCUUUCGGUGCUGGUAACAUUGCCUCUAUCUCCAAGGUAGAGGGCCAAAACUGGCGCCACGGCGAUAUCACCGAUGCUCUCUUGAUCCUGUCACAAGCCCGUGCCCUCAAUGGCAAGAAGUUCAACAAGAUCAACGUUUCACGUGUCUAUUUCGGCAACUGGCUUCGGGACUAUUCGCAGGCCAUCGAUGUUGGUACCGUCAAGUCUGUGUCUGCUGAGGCUAUCCGCCUCCUUCUCUGUAUUCUCGGUUUCAUGACCUUUGGCUACGGUUCCGGCGAGUUCGAGGUUACCGCCGAGCGACUUGGCUGCUACCGCCCUGAGGAUCACAUCGACAAUCCCAAGGACUACGCCGACAAUGUCGAUGCUCGUGACUAUGACCAGCGUCUCCGAGGACCCAUCGAUGAAGAACGAGAGCUGUCUAUUGACCCCGAGACUGGCAUGAAGAACUACAUUGCAAAUGAAGGUGCUCGCAUUAUGACUUCCGCUAAGCACGUCAAGAAGCUCUUUAGCGGUACCAUUGAGCUUGGCCGCCGAUACAAGGACUCUCAGCGAAAGGCGGACAAGUACGAGGCUCUUCGCCUUAUGGGAACUGGACUGCACUGUCUUGAGGAUUUCUUUGCCCACAGCAACUACUGUGAGUUGGCUCUCAUUGAGCUCGGCGAGCGUGAUGUCUUCCCUCAUGUUGGUCGGGAUACCGAGAUCGAGAUCGAGGGUGCUCGUGGCCCUGUCUAUCCUAUUGUUACUGGCACUUUCGGCGGUGUUGAUUUCCUGCACUCAGUCACUGGUGAAGUUUCCGAUAAGCUGACCCAGAACGAGAUUGAGGAGCUUGAGGGUACUCUUCAGCAGGGUGCCAAGUCUGACACCAGCAUGCUCCGUGAUCUUCUGGAUAAGAUCCCUGAUGGCAUUUUUGGAGACAAGCACCAGAGCGACCGAGUAGAUGAGCUCCAGAACAAUGCCGCUACUGCCCAGAUGGAGAACACCAGUGUAUCUCCCCGUGACCCCGAGGAAUUCACUCAAUACAUCCAGAAUGUCUUCAAGCAAGUCAUGCCCGCUAUUGAGUUCCACGAUGAUAUCAUGAAGAGCAUCUCGGGCGCCAUGGAGCGCAUCCCUAUCCUUCCCAAGAUCAUUGAGCAGCUUGAGGAGCAGCUCUCUGUCUUCAUCUUCUCCAUCAUUGCUCCUUUCAUCGUUCCUCUCAUUCAGCAGAUCCGAAAUGAGCUGAAGACUGGUUCGGAUGAGAUUAUUGCAAGCAGUGAGAACCAGCAGCACAUCGUUUUCAACGAUGACCGCUCCUCUGACCCCACUCACUCUAUGCUUUCCAAGGAUCACUUCUCCAACAUCCUGAACGAGAUCGCCGGACGAAACGCUGCUGCUGUAGUCCAGUGGGUUGUUCCUCAGCUCAUGGAUGCCAUUGAUGACGAGAGUGUCGAUGUGGAGAGACUCCUCGACGAUAUCGUCAACGGUGUCAUGCACCACCCCGCUCAGCGUGACCUUGGAAACCGAAAGGUCCAAGAAGGCCGCCGCCGCUCCUAUGAAGGUGUCAAGGACUGGUGGAACAAGAUGGGUGACCAGCAGCGAGAGGACUACCGCCGCAAGCUGACCCGUGAGGGUGUUCAGAACGGCGAGAACCACAAGGAAGGUGUCCACGACACUGGCCACGGCCACGGCUGCUCUGGCAAGCUUGAGAUGCGUAAGCUGUACGGAGGCGGCCCCGAGACCCUUGAGGACAAGAUUGCUGGCGCUGCAGCCGAUGCCAUCCUGAAGGGUGCUACUGGUGCCAUCUCUGGCAUGGUUGAGCAGAACACCGGCUACAAGAUGCCCUCUUCUUCCCGUAAGGAGGACAAGGAAGAGGGUGGUCUCAGUGGCUUCCUCAACCAAGCAGGUUCCAUCCUCGGAGGCGCUUUUGGUGGUGAUGACACUAAGAAACAGACCAGCAGUCGCCGCGAGGACGAUGGCUCUUACACUAGAACUGAGACAGAGUAUGGUCGUCAAGGUGAUCGCUAUGGUCAAGCGGAGUAUUCUCAGACACAGCGUCCCGAUGGCAGUCAUCAAGAAGAGUACCGUCGGUAUGAGCAGCAAGACUCUUCAGACGGCCGCCAUGCAGGUGGCUACGGUUACGAAGAGCGAACUGAGACUCACCAGACCUACUCUGGAGGCUAUGAACAGCGCACUGAGCGACACGAGUUUUCUGGCUCUAAUGAACAAAGCUACGGUCGUCGCCGUGAUGAUGAUGAUGGCGGCUAUGGUGGCCGUCGUCAAGAGGAGAGCAGCUACGGCGGUAACAGUGGAUACGGACGCCAGGAAGAGAGCAGCUAUGGACGCCAGGAGCAGAGCAGUUACGGCGGUAACAGUAGCUACGGACGUCAAGAGGAGAGCAGCUACGGUGGCGGCUACGGUGGCAGCAGCGGCGGUCAUGAGCGCCGUGAGGAGAGUGGUGGUUAUGGCCGUCGCGAGGAGGGUGGAUAUGGCCGUCGCGAGGAGGGUGGAUAUGGCGGCGAUAACUACGGACGUCAAGACCAGGGCGGUUUCGGCGGAGGCUCUGCCGACGAAUAUGUCCGUCAAAGUCAGGGAGGCCAUGGACGUGAUCGCGAGCGUCGUGGCAGCAAUGAAGACGAAGACAACAACUACGGUGGUGAGCGACGCUGGUAA